UUAAAUGUUUCUCGAUAUAGGAUGCAAAUAAUAAAAGUUUAUUUCUUAGUAUCUAGCCUUGCUCCGGCUCAAAAUUUGAUAGUUUGCUAUGUUCUAACUUGAUUUGUUGCCAUUUUUUGCGGGUUUAAAUAUUUUUGAAUGGUUUACAUCAUCUUCUGCUUCUCCCUUAAUAGCCCAUUUCAUUUUUCUUUUUCUUUUUUAAAAGGGAAAAAUACGCCCCAUAAUUGCAACCCGUUCCCACGGAUAUCCCAUUCAAAUAUGCAAAAACACCCUUGGGUUGGUGUAACCAGGUAGUUCUAAAUGGUAGCGUAACUAUGGUAAUCGUACCUUCCCCAAUGAACUGGAAAAAAAGGGGGGAGUUAUUACGACGGAUUAUAGCCUAGCCUCUUUUUGAAAAAUUUUAAUUUUCUACCAAGAUGUUGUUCGAUUCGCCCGUCACCGUUAUUUUACUUCAGUGAUUCUAGGUGUGGCUACAGCAGUGUACAAUUUGUAUAUUUACAGAGUAAAGGAGGUGUACGUGUUCUAAUGGGCAGUGAAACAGUUCAAAAUGUCGGUGACGUCAUAGCGAUAUUAAGUGUGUAACUGACUGCAGGUGUUUUUUUCCACAGUGAAGUGUGAAUAAUUAUGAUUCCUUUCACCACUAUAGUCUUCAUCAAGCCUUCGCCCGCCUUCACAGGGAUAAUAUUCGAGAUUUGAGGAGAGCCAGCCAUCAUAAACCCACAGUAUGCAAGUUUUCUUGUGCAGGUGCUAGUCACCAGCAAAAAUCUCAGGACAUCACUUGGAUGAAAACAUCCCAUUGCACUGGAAAUACUACCAAUGUCGAGUUACGGAUCUCUUUUUCCCCUUUCUUCAAAUGUUCUCGUGUACGCCCAUGUGAAUAUGGGUGUAUUCACGAGGAUACUUGUCAGCGGAUGGAUGGAGCAACUGUGGAUGCCUGACUUCAUUACCCAGGCAUAAAGAUGAACUCGUUAGCAUCUCUCGUGAAUGGCGUGACUGCACAGCUGCUGGUACUUGAAGACUUGUCACGGCGUAAAUAUGACUGAUCGUAGCCCAGCAAUCAAAUAAUUCGUGACUGCUGUUUUAAAAGUUUCGAAACAGCAAAGACGAAGUUUCAGAGAGUUUCAGAAAUAAUAUUUAUUGAAGACUGAACGGAUCUGGUUAGUAAACGACUAAACGUGUACGUGGCUGCAUUGUUGCAAGAAAAAUAGCAGAACAAAAUAAAAUAUGGCUGUCGUGUGAACGUUAGUGUCGUGACUACUAGCUCCCCAUGCUGUUUCUCAGAUUUCAGGCCUGAGCCAGCCAUCGUGUUGCACACAUAUUGUAACUUCAAGAUGUGUCCCAGUUUUGAUUCUGACCUGUCAUCGCUAACAAUCUCAGCAUCAAUUGAUAACCAGCUCCUAUAGUUUAAUUGGAAAAACUCUGUACUCAACUCCUCGUGUACACCAAUUUGAAGGUGAAUGUAGAUAUUCACGAUGACCCCCUUUUCUUAUCCUGUCUGGCCUCAACUUCAUUGAGGAUGGAGCACUUGCUGGAAUGCCUGGCUGUGGAUUUCCCAGGCUGAAAGGAAUCGCAUUGUUAUCUGUGAUGCAUCUAGUGGACGCCGAGAUUUCGACAGAUUGGAACAUUGGCGACGGCGGAUUCAAAUGGCGGACCAAUUGUGACUUCCCCGGCGACGACAUAGGACAAAUUCCUAUUACGGUUGCAACCAGAGAAGAGUGUGGUCGACUUUGUAUUUCCAACCCGCAAUGCAGCCAUUUUGUGUUUGGUUAUUUGGAGAAUUGUUACAUGAAGAAGGCGCCAUCAACGACAACUCGUCAAGAUAUCGAUUAUGAGAGUAUAGCCAUUUGUGGCUUCAUACCGUGGAGAUUGGGAUCUGAAACUGGGAAUGAUGACUGGGAAACUGUCAACAGCAGUGGUGUUGAAAACUGCGGUUUUUAUGGCAACGGCAGUUUGAUUUUGACGGCUGAGUGCCGACAGGCCAAAGAUUGCUCCUAUUGGUACCAACAGGUUCUUUCCACUAAUGGUUCAACAGCCUGUAAAUUAGCAGAUGGAAGUUCAGGAUUAUGUUGCCCGGAGAUCCCCAAGCUCACCGAGGUUCCUAAAGAAACCCAAUAUAUCCGAAUGAUUCCUGAUGGGAGCGAGCGAAUAAUCGACGCGGGAACAACUCUCACGUUGACGUGCGUCUACGCCUUUGAAAACGAAAAUCAAAGGAACACAUUCAAUUUUUCGUGGGAAAUUCCAGAUUACUUAUCCAAAAAUGCGGAAUUGAGCGACUUGGACAACCGCCUUCGCAAAACUUUUGGAAGGAAUGAGACCCACAUGACAUCGACGUUGUCUCUGGCCAACGCAAGAGCCAGAGACACUGGAAACUUUGGUUGCAGGGGAAUCCCGUACGGAAUUUCUAACACAUUGCCAGUCAAUCAAUACGUCUAUUUUUUCAAUGAUACGGAACUUGUAAUUGUCGAGGCUAAUGAGUAUUACUUCGACAUUCCUCUCGGUGAAACUAAUUACCCAAUCAAUUGCAAACCAACCAAUCCGAACGUCAACGUUUCUCUCGUCUACGAACAACAAUACACAGCAAGAUCAAAGAACAUGCCGGAACCAAAAAGCGAUUUGCUGUCAGAUCCGAAUUCAAAUUGGUCUUUCGAAAAAAGAAAUGGACUAAAACUUAAGAAAUCGAAGAUUGACGACAAUGGCAAGUUCAAUUGCAUAGGGACAUAUAAAAAUAAGAAACAUACACGUGAUUUAUUUUUGUUUAUCGCAGGAAUGGAACUCGCAAGAAUUGAUGGCGUAGGUGAUCCUUUGGAAGGAAGUAACGUUACUUUAAGCUGCCGAACUUACCAAUAUACCAGGUUCUCUACUCCACCAAUAUGGUCAUACCAAAUCAACGGAAACGGACAAAUGCAAAUAAUUGAGGAAAUGAAUCCAUCUGAAGGUAUUCAAAUAACAAAGGACAAAUCGGACUACAGUAGUAAAACACUUUACGAAAAUCAACUUAACAUUGUCGACAUAAGUCCAAAUGCCUAUACGUUUCAAUGCCAAGGAAGUGGAUAUACUGAAAAUAUUUCAUUUCGCGCUAAAGAUGGCGACUCAAAGCUUAAAUCUGUUCAACUUGAGAAGGAUAUCGCUCAAAAUUUAAUUUGCAUUAAAGGAUCUCAGAAUACUCGCAUCAAAUGGUUUAAGGAUGGGAUAGAAUAUUCAGGACAAGUUCACUCUGAUAGCACUUCGUCAAUCUUACCACUGCAAGGGAAGAUAGGGGAAAAUGGAAGAUACGCUUGUCAGUGGAAAAACAUUUUUUUAGGUGAAACUGGUUACAGUAAUUUCACGGUAUUAUACCCAGAAGUUCCAGUAACAAACAAGACUGUCAUCGUCGCCGUUUCUAUAACAUUAGCAGUUUUACUUUUGAUCCUAAUUGCUUUCGGUGGAGUCAGAUUUUAUCAGGAAAAGAAGCGACAGGUUUCACAGGACGCGCUAAUUAGAUCGUUGAGUGGAAAUGCCAAUCAAAUUAAUAACCAGACCCCAAUAGAAGACCAGGUAGAAUUCCUACCCUAUGAUAGACGCUGGGAAUUUCCAAGACAUCGACUAAAACUCGGAAUCCAGCUUGGAACUGGUUGCUUCGGCCGUGUAGUCAAAGCGGAAGCCGUGGGACUCAAAGGGUCUGAAGAAACUGUCAAAACGGUGGCCGUCAAAAUGGUUCGGUCGGAAGCCAACGUCACCGCAAUGGAAGCUCUUAUCAGUGAACUGAAAAUCCUCGUCUAUUUGGGAUCGCACCUCAACGUCGUCAAUCUGCUGGGAGCUUGCACCAAACAAAUACAUACAGGAGAACUUUUAAUAAUCGUUGAAUAUUGUCGGUUCGGCAAUUUGCAAUCGUUUUUGAUGAACCACAGGAAGAACUUUGUUAAUUUGGUGGACGAGUUUGGGAACCUGAAAAAACAAGACAAAAUGGAAAGUAGCAAUUUCAACAGGUUAAAAUGGAAAGAAAUCCCAUUGCAAGUCGAAUCGAGCGAUUCGCAAGCUGAAAAUCAACCUGGCGUGAAUUCAUCCACUGAAAUUUUGGACAUUGAAAAUUCCAACCUACAAGAUCUGGACGUAAAUUUUGAUCGGCCGAUUUCAACAACAGAUCUCAUUUCUUGGUCUUUUCAAAUAGCCCGAGGAAUGGAUUACCUGGUUAGCAAAAAGGUCCUCCAUGGUGAUCUGGCCGCCCGAAAUAUUCUGCUCGCUGACGAUGGAGUUGCAAAAGUGGCCGACUUUGGGAUGGCGAAGAAAAUGUAUUACGAAGAACAUUACGAAAAAAAAGGACAGGGGUUGAUGCCGGUCAAGUGGAUGGCGAUUGAAUCCUUAAUUGAUCGCAUCUUUUCCAGUCAAUCCGACGUUUGGUCGUACGGAGUCCUUCUCUGGGAAAUCUUUUCUUUGGGCCGAGUUCCAUAUCCAGGCAUCAACGUUGGUCACGUACUCAUGAAAGAAAUUCUAAAAGGAUAUCGGAUGGACAAACCGGAACUGGCGCCCAACUUCUUCGGUGAUAUGAUGGCCGAUUGCUGGAAAUCGGAUCCGAAAGAGAGACCCACCUUCAGUCAAAUGGAAGAGAUUAUCUGCAGCCACAUGGAGUCGUCGGUCAGCUCGGACUAUUUGAAUAUGAACGCGCCAUAUGCCAAGCUCAACGAAGAAAAGGAGAACGCAACGCCAAAGGAUCAAUUUGGAUUGGCCAAGUUGUUGAGAGAAAAGUCUGGAGCUCAAUCUUAUAGACACGCAACUGCACGAAAUUCAUUGUUUUCUAUACGAUUUUCAAAAAGUGAUGAGGAUUCUUAUUUUUAGUCAAAGGGAACUGAGCAAUCUGCUAGCAAUAAUCGAUUAUUAAUUAAGUACAGAGCAAUUAUUUCCAAUAUGAAAUUAUUGCGUAUCAUUUGCUUUUUUGGGUAGGCGGUAGGCCUAAAGUUAUUUUUCCUUUAUCGUGGGACAGCAGUUAUGUCUAAGUUAUCUUUUUACAUAUUUGAAAAUUUUACAGCUUUAUACAUUUUUACAUUCACCACCAUAACUGAUUAUUCAUGCUGCAAUUUUGUGGUUUUUAACUUGUUAUUCCAUGGGAAAGUUGGCGUGGGUUGGGUAACAAUAUGGAUCGCUUAAUCGUGUUCAAACGGAAAAGGGGGCGUUUUGAGCCUAUACACUCCUUCUCGACCAUUUUUAUUUUUGUCUGAUUUUGCCAACGGUUUCCUCUUGACUGCUCCACUUAAGUUUUUCGUGUCUAGUAAUGUGGCGUUUAGUUAGGUUUACUGGUUCAGUGACGUCGAGUGAAGUCAGUCUCAUUCUCAAUUUAUUUCUUUUGUUGUUGAUUGUAUUUAAAAAACAAUCCGUUGUGAUAAAUACAACGUUCGACAAAUUGCUUUGCAGAGAUAUAAUACUAGUAUAUACAGCAGGCUAUCACUAACAGUAUGUUUCAAUUUGAAAAAAAAAAAAAAAAAUAUGGUUAUUUGAA